UAGAUAUAGCUGUUGGUUGAUGUUUAGCAGUAACACACAGUCUGAAACUUUAAGCCGUGAAUGUGAAAGUUAUUUGUGACUCAUCUAUACAGCUUUUCCAGACUGUCUGUCUACCUGUAACACAGUGGACGCGUCUCUGUGGCUCAUUUGUUAGAAAAGCAUCCAAUUAGAGGUGUCCUCUGUCUCACAGCCUGUCAGCCACACAGACACUAAAUUAGAGGACGUGUCACAAUAACAGCAAGACAUUUUUCUUAUUUCCAGCAGUCACACUAGACGACACAUUUGUUUAUACCAAGGAGCUAUAAGAUUGUAGGUCUGUAUGUGUUAUAAGAGUUCCUAUUGGAACUAGUUAUUGUACGAAGCUCUAGAAAAGUGAGUGACGUAUUUUUUACACUUUCAAAUUGGACAUAAAUGGAAAGGAAGCAUAUGCCAAAUUUUCUUGAGGCCAAAAACUAAACACUCCAUUGAGUAUAUAGACCACAAAUUCACUUAUUAUAGCCUAAAUGUUGGGAGGGAGCGGGUGUUCUCAUUUGUGAAAUGUGCACUUCUCUUUUCAGCACCAUGGACAGCAGACUGAAUGUUAACGCCCAUAAUUCAGUAUUUAAAGUAGCACAUGUUUGGAUGGUGUAGGUGAAGGGAUUUUCACCUGUGGUUUUGUGGAGAGACUACAAGUGCUAACAUCCUACACAAGGUAAAUAUACGUAGCAUCUAGAUAAAGUGCCCAAAUAUUACGUCUCAUAUGGUGAAAUACUAAAAGUAACCAUCCUUUGAGCCACCAUCGAUCCUUCCUUAUGACGUGAAUCUAUUAAUACAGCUUAAUUUAGCAGUUUUUAUGUUUUAACAACUUGGGAGUGGAUUGAUGUAAAGGCGUCAGAGUCCCAUGCCGGGUAAUAAAAUAAAAAAGUAAUCACACGCAGGCCUCUCCAUCCUCACAAUUACUAUCGAGCAGCCAGCGUUUUGGAGAAUAAACGCAAUGCUUUAAUCGCGGAGCAAAGCGCGGAUACCCUGUGCGUAACCAUCAUCAUAAAUCAGGCCCUGGAAAAAGUAAAGGUUCUGUCCAUCGCCAAUAUGAUCUUAUGCUAUUGGAAAUCUUUCCCGGGAGAGCUUGUGCGUCACGCCGCUUUCUAUUAGGUGCUAUUUUCGUCCCGCUCCUGGAAGACAUUCAUCCACCAUCUAUACCCACCGUGACAGCACCCAAUAAACCCACCACUCCCCAUUCAUCUCCACCCACCUCCACCCUCUCUCUCUGUCCCUCCCUCUCUCUCUCGCACACACACACACACUCCCCCUCUUUCUGACGAGCAUUGGUGACUUAAAAAAAAACAUAGGAGAAUUGGGUUUGCGCGUCCAAGAGGAUUUCCUUUUGGCACCUUUAACGUUUUACCAACGAAAUAAUUUGACAUCUUUGACACUUUUUAAAGAUCUUCUGAUUCUAGUGAUCUUUUUCUAACCAGUUUCUCCAAAGGAAAAAGCUCUCUCCAUGAGAUUCCAGUCCUCCGCGCGCACUAGCACUUGAUCCCGGCGGGAGGACGCGGACGGAGGGAAGAUGGCCAUCCACGCCGAGGGUCUCGUGGCUAUCGUGAUCUUUUAUAUGCUGAUCCUGGUCGUGGGGAUCUGGGCCGCGUGGAAGAACAAGAACUCUGGAGUUGGCGCAGGCGGAGAGCGGAGCGAGAGCAUCAUGGUCGGGGGAAGGGACAUCGGAUUGUUCGUCGGUGGAUUCACCAUGACCGCCACUUGGGUGGGUGGGGGCUACAUCAACGGGACAGCGGAGUAUGUCUACCUGCCAGACUACGGCCUGGCCUGGGCACAGGCACCCUUUGGUUAUGCUCUCAGCCUGGUAGUAGGAGGUCUUUUCUUUGCCAAACCCAUGCGGUCACGUGGUUACGUCACCAUGCUGGAUCCCUUCCAGCAGAUUUAUGGAAAACGGAUGGGGGGCCUGCUCUUCAUCCCCGCACUGAUGGGAGAAAUCUUCUGGUCUGCAGCUAUUUUAUCUGCCCUGGGUGCCACACUGAGCGUGAUCGUGGACAUCAACAUAAAUAUGUCUGUGGUGAUCUCAGCACUGAUUGCUAUCUUCUACACGCUUGUUGGAGGACUCUACUCUGUCGCAUAUACAGAUGUGGUCCAGCUCUUCUGUAUCUUUUUAGGCUUGUGGAUAAGCGUGCCUUUUGCCCUGUCCCAUCCUGCUGUGUCAGACAUCACUGUUUCAGCCAAGGAAGCAAUCUACCAGUCACCCUGGCUGGGGAAGAUUGAUCCCGAGGACAAAUGGCUCUGGGCCGACAACUUCUGUUUGCUGAUGUUGGGGGGGAUUCCCUGGCAGGUCUAUUUUCAACGGGUUCUUUCUGCCUCUUCAGCUACCUACGCCCAGGUCCUUUCCUUCCUCGCCGCCUUCGGCUGCUUGGUCAUGGCCGUCCCCUCUGUCCUCAUAGGAGCUAUAGGGGCCUCCACUGAUUGGAACCAAACUACUUACGGUUCCCUCGCUCCGAAGGAUAAAGAUGAAUCAGACAUGAUCCUUCCCAUAGUGCUGCAGCACCUGUGCCCAUCCUACGUCUCCUUCUUUGGUCUGGGGGCGGUGUCAGCUGCGGUGAUGUCGUCAGCGGACUCAUCUAUUCUCUCAGCCAGCUCCAUGUUUGCCAGGAACAUCUAUCAGCUCGCAUUCCGGCAGUCGGCCUCAGAUCGUGAAAUUGUUUGGGUCAUGCGCCUCACCAUCUUUGUAUUUGGAGCUCUCGCCACUGCUAUGGCAUUGUUGACGGGAUCGGUAUAUGGCUUGUGGUACCUCAGUUCCGACCUGGUCUAUGUCAUCAUCUUUCCCCAACUUCUCAGUGUGUUAUUUGUCAAGGGCACUAAUACCUAUGGCUCUGUGGCCGGCUAUGUCUUUGGAAUGUUGCUGCGCAUUGGUGGAGGGGAGCCCUACCUCAAACUCCCCCCCUUCAUCUUCUACCCUGGCUGGGUGACCCAGACGAAGGUACACCACCUCACUGGUGACGUUGAGUACUUUGUCCAGCAGAGGUUUCCAUUCAAGACCAUGUCCAUGUCCGCAUCCUUCUUGGCGAAUGUGGGCUUUUCUUACCUGACAAAGUACCUUUUCGAAAGUGGUAUGUGGUCACACAAGUACGACUUCCUGGACGCUGUCGUGUCCAAGCAUAGCAAGGAGAUCAUGGACAAGGCUACGCUGGUAAGCAACCAUGACAACAUCAUCCUUUCAGAGAUGGCUCCCGUCAAGCAGGCUCUGGGCGCGUCACUCGCUGGAACCUUCAUCAACACUGAGGUCCUCAGUGAUGACGGGGUAUCCAGUCCCGAGGAUUUUCACAAUGAAAAAUAGACAACAAGGGCACAAAGGAAACUAGAACCAAGGAAUAUGAAGAAGAAGGGAUUGUCAAAGAGGCAUCAACAUACUUCAGGAAACUUGCUACUGCCGCACUGGAAGUUGAAUCAGCAGAAAUCUUCUCUGGCUUUCGAGUGACUCCACAAGUUUGUUUUAUGCUGAUGAUGUGGUGCCUCCUUCUUUUUUGGAGAUUCCUUGCCCAGAAACAGGGGGUAGACUGUCAAUCAGCUGUGUUAAGUAAACCAUACUCAGUGUUGUGUUUUAUCAUGACUGGGUAUCCAAAACCAACAAUCAUUUUAUUUUAAGUGCUGCUCCAGUAAUCAGAGGAACUCUGACAAGGACCAUACAGAACGCCUGUAUGAGGAAGUCCACAAAGGUUUGUAGUGGGACAUGAGAAUUGUGCAAUAUCUAACCAAGGAAUUGUGUCCACAUAGCAGUCCGUGUGUGUUGAUGUACAUGUGAAUGUGUUCUCCUGCUUCAAAAGCGGCAUCAAGUGAAUCCUACAGAUACUUUCUUUCAUGCAGAGUUGUGAGUUUGCGUAGAGUAAAUUAGUUAACAGAGCAAUAAUAUUUUUGGAUCUAUGUUUUACAGAUAGAUACAGAAUGCUAAACGUGCAGAUUACCAUCAUUCUUUUCAUUUUUUGGAUGAGUAGAUUUUGCAGAUUUUAUGGUGUGUGUGUGUGUGUUCAGUUUUCUCUUAAGCAUCCGGAUGUACUCGCUAAUUCAAAUAAAGAACCCCAUGAUAAUCCCAAAUCUUACAUUUACCAAGCAGAAGAUUGAUACUGAGUUGACUUUCUGCAAAAUCCCAGACUACGUUCAUUUGAAAUAUUUUUAAACAUUCACUGCCAACUUUUUUUUUAAGUAAUUAUUUUUACACCAUUAACCUGGCGAUAAGAGACCAGGGUCCACAUAGUGAUCACUUUUAGGUUGACGUAUAAUCCAGAUUUAGUCUAUUUUAAUUAAUUAAUGGGCCACUUGGAGGCAGCACAACUAGCUGCAAAAUUCAUCAAUGACCUUAAUAAGUUUGGUAUGGCGAAUAACUUAGACCCGCCAAAUAUUGAUUAGACCGUGUCUUUGUUAAACAUUGUUAAACCCUAAAGAAGUCAUCAGCACACGGUUUGAGAGAUGGGACACAAACCCAACUUUCUGGAGUCAAACACAUUUGGCAUCAUCAGAGCCUCAGCUUUGUCAAAAUAGUUGGAUCAAUAUUUCCAAAAUAAAUCAUGCAAUGGUUUUGUUGAGUGUUUAUUAUUGUUCAUGUUUACCUUCCAGUUAGCAAUUUGACUCCAUUCAUUUUGUAUGCAUCUCUAAUGAGAAUCUCUUUAAUAUGCAUCCUCAUUGUCAGAACAGUAACAUAACAACAAUACAAGCACAUGAUGUUUUAAGUUCAUUUUCAUAUAUACAUGAAUGGAACCAAAUUGUUGCCUGGAUAUUUGAAAGUGGAUCAGCAGUAUACACACAUUAUUACAUGAUAUACGAUGAUUAUUUUAAAGGGCCUUUUAUCUGACACAACCUGUUUUUGUGUGCCUAUAAUAGUGUGUUUGCUCCUCCUAAAUCUUCACUGACUGGGCAGCCACAGCAGGUUACUAGAGACAGGAAAUGAUUUUUCCUCCCAGGAUGGUGUUAGUAUCGCCAGUCAUUAUCGAUCCUUUCCCAAAUCAAUUAGCCUUAGGGACACUUGAUUAUUUCAGCAAAGAGGUUCGAGCUCUAUGAUUUACCAGGGUUUGUUUCACAGUGUGUUAUACACGGUGAUAACAAGUUGAAAGGUUAUUGAUUAAUUAACAGCUUACCACCUUACACUGUCACGGAUCUGACUGGUUUAAACAAUGAGACGCACUGCUGUCAUGGGAAGGAUUUGUUAUUUUAUAUGAUAAUUUUUGUCAUUGUUAAUUCUUACUAUUUUUUUAGUUGAAUUCUCUGUGUUUGUCUUUUCUCAGUAAUGUUGUCAUUUGUUGUCGUCUUUUUAAAUCUAUGGAAUCCCCUUAAUUUAAAGGUGAGCCGUGUGAAAUGAGCGGAUUAGCGGCAUAGUUGCAAAAGUGAUCAUUUUAUUCUAAAUCAUUUGAUCAGUUCAAAGAUGGGGCUCACAAUAUGCUGUAUUUUAUUUAUUGUCAACAGUUAAAUUUAAUUAUGAUCAAAAACAACAAUGUGCUGCUUCAUCCGUGAAACUCAGCCAUUACAGCCCAUAAUGUGGUGGCAAUAACGGGUCUCAUUGGCACAGAGGGAUAAGAUAUGAGCCUAUGAGGCUUUGGCUACAGAGAAAAUAAACUGUAUUAGUGGGAUCAUUUCAAUGUUCAUUUGAGUUUCGUCAGUGGAUUUGGUGACAGUAGGAAAAACAACAGCCUUAUUCUUUAAGGUUGUAAAAUGGCCUUGUAGUUAUUUUUUCCACAGCUAGGGAGAGAAGGGGACUUGAUCCAUGUACACGUAGAGACCUGCUGAGGUGCGUUGAAAUAAUCCCAACCUGAUCCUGUCCCCUUCCCUUCCCUUUUAAAUACAGUUAUGGGAUUGAUGUUAUGGAACUGAACGGUGUGACUGCUGCUCUGAUGCUAUGCAAGGUGUCAGGCGACGGCGUUGGACUUAAAUGUGAAUGUAAACUUUCCUCCCCCUCAGAUCAUGAGUGUCGUCGUAGCUUCGGUUCAUCCACAAACCUGAACACACGCAGAAAAGAAUCAAUGUCAGCUGUUACACUGACACACCUGUGACUCUGUGUCGUAAAUUGCAAUGAUGCUGUAUUUUUGUGUGAUAAAUGUAUAUACCAAAAAAAAAAAACAAGUACAAAUUAUACUACUUUUAAAUGCAGCGAUGAAAAUGUUUGUUGACAGUGAAGUUACAGCUAUUUAUUUCCUUAUGCAGUGUCUAUAAAAGUAUAGUUGUAAACAUAUGUGAGGUCAGUUGAAUAAAUUAUAUUAUUUAGCACA